AUGGACCUGGUGCCAAAGCUUGGAGAGAGAGAGAGAGAGAGAGAGAGGCGUUGUACAAAAGGACCUGAACUUCCUCUUCACAUUGCAUUGCCUUCAGUGCUAACUCUGCAUCGGUCUCUCUCUCUCCUGAGCAGAGAGAUGAGUCGCUGUGCAGAGCACCUGAAGGGCUUCCUGGCCCGAGUGGAGGCUAAAGCCGGGCAGGAGAAAGGGCAGCUGGCCGAGGAAUUCCAGGAAAUCAAGGCCCGGGCUGUAGCAUUCCAGCAGCAGCAGAGCAUUUCCACAGAGGCUGGUGGCAACAAGGAGAAUAUCAAGAAGAACCGUUACAAAGACAUCUUGCCGUAUGACCAGACACGAGUGGUUUUAAACUUACUGGCAGAAGAAGGACAAACAGAUUAUAUCAAUGCCAACUUCAUCCAGGGUGUGGAUAACAAGAGGUGCUACAUUGCAACCCAAGGACCACUUCCACAUACGGUGAUCGACUUCUGGCGCAUGGUUUGGCAGUACAGGGUGAAGGUGAUUGUCAUGGCAUGCCGAGAAGUGGAGAUGGGGAAGAAAAAAUGUGAGCGCUACUGGCCUCUGGCAGAGGAAACCUUGUCUUUUGGACCCUUCUCUGUGACACAGGUCAAAGAAGAAGAGCUCAAUCCAGAUGUCAUUCUGCGGAUGCUCUCACUGAAAUAUCAGCAGGAGGAACGAGUCAUUUCCCAUUUUCAGUAUGUGGCUUGGCCAGACCGAGGCAUCCCAGACACAUAUGGCUGCUUCCUUGAAAUGAUUGAGCAAGUGAGGAAUAAACAAGGAGAGGACACCGUACCCAUCUGUGUACACUGCAGUGCUGGCUGUGGCCGAACAGGUGUGAUCUGUACGCUGGAAUACAUAAGGAGGCUGCUGCUGAAACAGAGAAUCCCACCACAUUUCAGCAUUUUUGACGUUGUCCUGGAAAUGAGGAAGCAGAGGCCGGCUGCUGUUCAAACCCAGGAACAGUACGAGUUUGUAUAUCACGCCGUCACGGAAAUGUUCCGGGCUGCACUGGGCUUCUCGAAUCCCCACUAUGAAAACUUGAAAGAGAACCAUCUUCCCCUUUAUGACGACGCCCUGUCUCUCCGACGCCCGGGUGCAUCCCUCUUCAAACGGAGCACCAUUCUCCGGAGUAUCUCAGUGCCAGCUGAUCCAACCCCAGCAACACUUCCAGAACUGCCACCAAAACUCAUCAGAGGCAUGGGAGAUACCUAUGCAGUAGUGAACAAAGCCAGGCGAAGUGGAGCAGGGGCGUCUCCCAACUCUCCUCCCACUGAGGCCAAGCUUAAAGCAGAGGGACCCCUAUAUGCCACUGUGAAGCCAAAGAACAGCAGUGCAGGUGACAUCGCCCCAACGAUUGACCCCAGUGGCUUUGUGGGAAUACAAGCCAGCCAGUCCCUGCCAGGGAGCCCCGUAAGACGUCCACCUUCCACCGUGGUCUGUGAAUAUGCCCAAGUGAAUUCAUCAGUUUCAGGGGAUUCCAGUUCCAGAGCCACUUCAUCCCCGUCUCAUUCUAAUGGAUUUGGGAAAAGCCUUUUGAAGAAUUUGAGACCCCCGGUAUUCACGAAUCCUGGAAAGAAAGCUCCACCAUCCCCGCGAAUUGUCAACACACAAGCAUAUGAAGAUGUGAGUGACACCACGCCAAGAGUCAGCACAAAUUCUGUGGCACCAUCCCCCAAUGCAAUGGGAUUCAACUUGCGCAUUGGGAAGCCCAAAGGACCAAGAGAGCCUCCUGCUGAGUGGAGCCGAGUGUAGGCGGCACUUCCGAUACAUAGACAGCUUUCUGCUGUGGAACCAUCCAGAGGGGCCCAAGCUGCUGUUGAUUCACAAAACCAGGAAACUGUCCUCAAGGGCCACACACUAAAAAUGAAGCAGUUGCAAGCACUAUACUCCAGGAUAUUUCACAGCCAGAAGAGAAGAACUGCCGGGAGUAGGAGAAGCUAUAAACUCCUAAGGAAGAUCUUCAGCAGUUCUGUGGGCCAGGAAUGAAGCUGGAUUGAAGGCCUUCAGCUCCAAGAACACUUAAGCCCAUCACUGUAUGUGCUCAGGGUCUGAAUUCAACAAAACAGAAUCAUUUCUGUAGUUGUGGUCUAACCAACAGACAUAGAACCAAGUCUAGUUCCCUCCUUUCUUUCUGCUCUCAUUGUUUUAGAAAUCCCACAUGGGAGACAACUAGUAGACAGAUUGUUAACAGCUUUGAGACUUUUCUCAGCCUGGAGAAACAUUUAAGUCCUACCAAAUACACUUGUGCAAUCCUCACAUCUCAAGUCGACUCAUCUUAAAAUGCAGGAUGAGACAAAAGCCCUACCUUCGAACUAGUGGACAGCUUUUUGUAAUCUGAGUUUUCAUCCAAAUCUCCCUAUUGAAUAUUUUAGGAUUAGAAGCUUAUUUUCCCCAAAACUAAAACUCUUGCAGGAGAAAGGAGGCAACAUGCCGAGCCUUUGCUUCCUCUCAAGUUGAGAUGGCCAAAUCUAUGGCACUUUGAAACACAUUUGGUCAACACAAGAGGUGACCUUGGAAUUUAACUCUUCUGAAAGAAGGAACUGGAAGGGGGGAAAAAACUGGAGCUAACACAAGGAUUUAUUGUAUCAAAAGGUUUGCAAAGAUCAAGAAGGAGAACUUUAUCUCUCACGUGUCACUGCUUUAUCACAUAUUCUCCAUACAGUUGCAUUAUGGAGAAUGCUUGGGCUGGUGCAAAGGUGUUAAAGGGCCCUGGGAAU